GGCAUUUGUGCGCAUGUUCCACUGGCUUUUUUGUGUGGUCGCUCAUUCUCCAUUGGCUCUCACAUUGCUCUGCUCUCAGCUUUCACGCGGAACCAGCUUUCACGCAGCAGAGAGCGUGCGCCAACCCGCGAAUCCUGUAACCGGUCUGUUGUAAAGACAAAAAAUGGAGAAAAAGAGCGAGAUCAAUGGUCACGCUAUGCCCAGCUCGGCCUCCACCGAGCAGAUCCUGGAGAAAAGCGCGAAGAAGAGUCCCUGGGAGAAACUGGCGGACUUUUUAAGAAAGAACCUGCUGGUGAUCAUGACGGUGUCCGGAGUGCUGGUGGGCGUCGGACUCGGCAUGAUGGUCCGCACCAUGAACCUGACUAAAGCGCAGAUGACUUAUUUCGCCUUCCCCGGAGAGAUGCUCCUCCGGAUGCUGAAGAUGAUCAUCCUACCCCUAGUCGUCUGCAGUCUCGUAUCCGGCGCCGCCAGCCUGGACACACGCUCCUUGGGCAAGCUGGGGGGCAUCGCAGUCGCCUACUUUCUGGUGACCACACUAAUAGCCUCGGGGAUCGGGGUGGCCCUGGCUUUCAUCAUUAAACCCGGUGUGGGCGCGGGAGCUCUGAACACCAACAACCUGGGACUGGAGAGCGUUAGCAGCAACAAGGAGACCACUGACUCCUUUUUGGAUCUGGCCAGGAAUUUAUUCCCAGCAAACUUGGUGGCUGCUGCUUUCCGUUCUUAUGCCACUGACUACAAAAUGGUUGCUGUGGGGAACAAUACCAAUGGAACCACACUCUAUCAAAAGGUGCCUAUUGGUACAGAAUCAGAUGGCAUGAAUAUCCUGGGUUUGGUUUUAUUUGCCAUGGUGUUUGGUGUAGCACUGAGGAAACUAGGAGACGAGGGGGAGGAACUCAUCCGUUUCUUCAACGCUUUUAAUGAGGCCACCAUGGUGCUGGUGUCCUGGAUCAUGUGGUAUAUCCCUUUUGGCAUCAUGUUCCUGGUGGGCAGUAAGAUUGUGGAGAUGGAAGAUGUGGUUCUUUUGGUCACGAGUCUGGGAAAAUAUAUCUUUGCUUCUAUCCUGGGCCACAUUAUUCAUGGAGGUAUCAUCCUGCCUUUCAUCUACUUUGGCUUUACACGCAAGAACCCCUUCAGUUUCCUAGCAGGCCUCAUCACGCCCUUCACCACUGCCUUCGCCACUUGCUCCAGUUCAGCAACCCUUCCUUCUAUGAUAAGGUGUGUUGAAGAGAAUAAUGGUGUGGACAAGCGCAUCAGCCGCUUCAUCCUUCCCAUUGGGGCCACAGUUAACAUGGAUGGGGCAGCCAUAUUCCAGUGCAUUGCUGCCAUCUUCAUCGCUCAGCUCAACAAUGCUGAGCUGAACGCAGGACAGAUCUUCACCAUCCUUGUGACAGCCACAGCCUCCAGUGUUGGUGCAGCAGGUGUCCCAGGUGGUGGGAUCAUCACCAUUGCCAUCAUACUGGAGGCCAUUGGCCUACCAACCAAUGACCUGUCCCUCAUGCUGGCUGUUGACUGGAUUGUGGAUCGUACCACCACUGUGGUGAAUGUGGAGGGUGAUGCUCUGGGUGCUGGAAUCCUCCACCACAUCAACCAGCAGGAGAUGAAGAAGCAGCAGAAGCAGCAGGAGGGGGAACUGGCAGAGGUUUGUGUGGAAGCAGUGGCCAACAUCCAGGCAGAGGAAGAGACCUCGCCGCUUGUCACACACAAAAACAAAGCCUUAGGGGCCACACCGGAGGCUAUCGAGUCUGUCUUAUGAACUCAGCAAGAUCUUCUUCUUGCCUACUGACCUUUUGACCUUUCAACACUUCUGACAAUGCUGCUGAUGGGACACAAUUCUGACUUGUUGUCAAUUAAAAAAAACAAGAUCACUGGGGUUUCAUUUGAGAGGACAAAAAAAGUGCCAUAGUAACAGUCAGUCUGGAGCACUGGCGGUCACACUGCACUUAGUGCUGCUGUUGUGCUUUAGAAAUUUGAUCACUUUGGUAGCUGGGUUUCCAUCCAAGUAUUUUAAGGCAGAUUAUGGUAUCAUGAAUUAGAAAUAUUAAUUUUGAAAACUUUUUCAAACAUUUUUGCACUCAAAGCUCAUUUUUUGUAUUUUUAAAAUUUUGAUUACAGUGAUGGAAACACACUAUGUAAAAUACUGGAAAAUCAUUCCCAUAUAUUCCUAGUUCUGUUGGUUUUGUGUGAUGCUCAAAGUCAUAAGUUUGUACAUUAGAACAUCAUCAAGUGCACUUCUCUGUUAUUUUCAUACAGCAAAUACAAUGACCAACAUUAUCUAUAGAACACUAACAGCUUGUCUGACAAAUGCCUGUCGUAGCUUAAUUACAUGUUCAGGAAGCCUGUUCAAUGACAAUCAGUUGGUGGAAAUGUAAUUUUCUUUAAAUUCUUUAGACAACUGGUUAGAAACAAACAUCUUUGAACUAAAAUGGCAACUUUUGCUCUUAGGUUUAAAUUGUUGCUUGUCAUAAUCCAGGGAGAUGUUUACAAGAUGUGCCCAGACCUCUGUUUGCUGACCAUCAAUAGACAAUGUCAAACAUUAACCCUCAAAUGAAUUUGGAUUAUUUUUUGGACAAGCUUCACUCUGUAUGUUUAACUAGUUACACACUGGCCCAGUGUGAUAAAGCAUUUUGAGCAUUGGCCUUUUUGAAACAGUAUGUUAACAUGCACUGCCAUUAUGGUCUCAUGGAAAAACCCAGUGACAUUCCCAACCAAUCCUAUAAAUCCUUAAGUAGAACAUUAGGUUAUUUCAAUAUCACAGUUCUCUAAAUCUAUAAUAUCCAUAGAAAAUGGAAAAAUGCAACAGGAUAGGGUACAUAAUGUUAGCUGCACUCAUUUUCCAAGCAUGGUUCUCUAAUUUUGUAAUGACAGUGAUACACAUUUGCUCCUACUGCCUGUGUACUAAUAAUGGCUACACUGUGAACUCCCAGCCAUCUUACAGUAGCUACUGCACCUCUUAAAAUUGUUGUUGAUUUGUUGUUGCUAUUUUGCUUACUUAUUUGUAACAAAAUAACACACUAAUUUUCCUAUCUAUUUAUAAAAUUUGCUAUAGCUUUGUUGUUAAUUGUGCUUUCAGAAAUAAACUCUUUAUGAUAAAAUAGCCUCAAAAGCAGCUAGCUUGUUUAGGGAUUUGCUUUCUAAUUAGUCACCUAAAAUAGUUUGUAGCCAUCAGUUAGCUAUGAUUAAUGCACUUAUUUUUAGCUAGUGUUUGUUUAGCUGAUGUUCAGUUAGCUAACCUGAUACCUGAGUUACCUUGCAAUUGUAACAAACUAAACAGAUUGUACUAAAAAAUUUAUUUGUGGUGAAAAUUACCCCCCAGUCAAAACCAGAACAGAUAUUAAGUUAACCUUUUUAGUCUUGUUGAGAGAGAAAAUAAGUAUCUACAUAAAUGCAACCUGCUAUUGUUGCCCAAAAGAUGAAGACCUACAAUAUGGCUGCCAGAGGGUGAGUUAUUUGAAGGCAUCUUAUGGCACACAGUUAAUUUAUUGUCAUGGGACAUAAUUGCAGUUGAUUGAACAUUAGAUUUCAAGUACUGUAAACACACUUUGACAUUGUGACAACACUCCAGUCUCCCAUUUAGAGAAAACACACACUAGAAAGUCACUCAUAAAUCAAAGCUUCAUGAAAUGUUUACACACACUGGAGCAAAAUGUAUAUAGUGAGUUCACAUCAUACUCUAUGCCAUUGUUUUGUUAAUCCAUCCUCUAUUAUCAGAGCGAUUUUACUCUGUGCUGUCUCUGAGGUUGCACCAUGAGGUUAUCCUUGCUUUUAAGACCCGAGGAGACAGUUUGGUGUGUGCAUCAUAAGCUAUCACAGUCCAUCAGUCUUACGUACUACCAAAACCACCAAGUUCUUUCUCUCUUAAUGGUUGAAUUUUACGGCAGAAAUGAACUCAGUGAAUGAUCACUAACAACAUUUUUAUUCAGUCAACUGGAUAACUAGCUGUGGUUGCUGAAUCACUUUAAAAGGGAACACCUGCCAUGGCUUAAUCUGUGGGAUUUUUAAGUGUAGAUACAGCUCCACCUAACUGCCUGGUAUAGUUAACUUUUUGAUGACUAUAAAAAAAGAUUUGAUAUGAAGGAUCCUGUGCCAAAUUUCUAAUGGUUUAACAUAAAUUCUCCUUGUAGGAUACAAGAGGAUGAGCCUGUGCUGUCCUCUAGUGGUGACAGGUGUUAAUGUGAAUGUUCAGUAGUGAAAAAGUUGAGGUGGCUGCAUCUCAUAGCUUUUGUGUCUGUCUGAAAUGCUAGUUUUCAGCUGACAUUGUUGAAUGAUAUGAGUGGUAAUAUCUCCUAUUUUUUUGAACUAUUAUUUAACACUCAUAGGGCACAACUAAUUGUACUCAGUCUUGUGAUGUUAGUGUAUUUUGAAGUGAAGACCACUUUAAGGUGAAUCUUUAUGUAUGUGAAAUUAAUUUCAUUCAUGUUGCCAUCACUAUUUGUCUGAGAUGCUCAUUGUGAUGUGGUGCUGCUGCUGUAGUUUUGGAUCACGGUGUGUAUGUUGAAACUGUCUGCUAACAUGUCAGAAAAUUUUACUCAUUGCCAUUAUUUGAGAUUUUAAAAAAUCACUUUUGUAAGCUAACAUCUGCUCUGUUAACCUAAGUCUGAGUUUUGUGACUAGGUUUUGUUGAGUAUGAUAUGAAUGAUAUAAAUUUAUUGUAAUUAUUUUAAGUUUUUGUAUUAUUUGAACUUUCACCUAUUGAUAUGAUAAUUUUUAAAUUGCUAAAAAUGCACUUAAUUUUUGUGUUCUUCUUUUAGGAAUAGCUGCUAUCUUGCCUGUGCCAUGUCGGUGUCUAACUCUGUACAGCUGACAAUAAAA